GUGGUUCGUUCGUCUAGCAUUUCAAACUGAGAGUGAAUAUAACAAUUCCAUAUUAGCUACUUCCUCAGCUUAUGAUUGCUCCUCUGCAAUGGGAGCUCUUGUAAACUGAACAUUACUCUCUUCUACAUUGCAAAUUCUUCGUCUUCAUCUUUUCUCAGAAUCUCAAUCAAAUCAAAACCUUGAACUUUCAACAAUGGCGAAAAAGGUUACGAUGAGAGAGAGUAAUAUUCCGCUCUCACAAUUUGGCGUUCUCGUUGCUCAAUUACAAUCCAUUGUCGCUUCUGCUGCUCACAAAUCUCCCGAUCCCCUUCUCUGUUUUGAUCUUCUCUCCGAUCUCAUUUCCGCCAUUAAUGACGAACCUAAGGAACCUAUUAUGUUAUGGCAAAGAAAAUGUGAAGAUGCAUUGUUUUCGCUGCUGGUUUUGGGUGCCCGGAGGCCGGUGCGGCACUUGGCAUCAUUAGCUAUGGUUAAAAUUAUCUGGAAAGGAGAUCCUAUUUCGAUAUACUCAAGGGCUAGUGCUCUUCAAGGGUUUCUUGCUGACGGGAAGAGAAGCGAACCUCAAUGUGUUGCUGGUGUUGCCCAGUGUUUGGGAGAAUUAUAUCGACAUUUUGGUAGGAAGAUCACUUCUGGAUUUUCAGAAACAACAAGUAUUGCCUCGAAACUUAUGAAGUCUCAUGAGGAGUAUGUAAGGAAAGAGGCUCUACAUAUGCUUCGGAAUGCUAUGGAGGGUUGUGGUGGUGCUUCUGCUGCUACAGCAUAUACAGAGGCAUUUCGACUCAUCAUGCGAUUCGGUGUUGUUGAUAAGUCACCUAUUGUCAGAAUAGCUGCUGCUAGAUGUCUAAAGACAUUUGCUAAUGUUGGAGGACCAGGUUUGGGUACUGCAGAGCUUGAUAGUUCAGCCUUUACUUGUGUUAAGGCUUUUAGUGAUCCAAAUUCAUCUAUCCGUGAUGCCUUUGCUGAAGCAUUGGGUGCAGUGCUUGCUCUUGAAAUGAAUCCCGAGGCACAGGUGCAACUAAAAGGAAAAGGACAACUUACCUCAGCAAAGAAACUAGAAGAUGGCUUGCAGAGGCACCUGGUAUCUUCAUUUGUGAAAGCAAGUGGUGUCCGGUCACGGGAUGUGCGGAUCAGCUUAACGUUAGCAUGGGUCUCCUUCCUUCAGGCCAUUCUUCUCAAGUAUCUUCAUCCAGAUAGUGAACUUCAAGACUUCACUUCCCAAGUGAUGGACAUGCUUCGAGUGGAUACAUCUAUUGAUGCACAAGCUCUGGCAUGUGUGCUAUAUAUUCUUAGGGUUGGUGUGGUCGAUCAGAUGACAGAACCUACUCAAAGGAGCUUCUUAGUUAUUCUGGGAAAGCAGCUUGAAUCUCCUGAUAGUAGCCCGCCAAUGAAAGUUGCUGCUCUACGUACCUUGUCAUAUACUUUAAAAACUCUAGGAGAGGUUCCUUUGGAGUUCAGGGAAGUUCUAGAUGAUACAGUUGUUGCUGCACUGUCACAUCCUUCACAGAUGGUCCGUGUUGAGGCUGCUUUGAAUUUGCGGGCAUUGGCUGAAGUUGAUCCUACUUGUGUCAGUGGGUUGGUCUCUUAUGGUGUGACAAUGCUCAGUGCCUUAAGAGAAAGUGUAUCAUUUGACAAGGGAAACACCUUAAAACAGGAUCUUGAUUCCUUACAUGGGCAAGCCACUUUACUUGCAGCUCUAGUUUCUAUUUCGCCAAAGCUAGCUCUUGGUUAUCCGGCUAGACUGCCACACUCGGUGCUUGAAGUUUCACAGAAUAUGUUGACCAAGUCCAGUAGGAACCCUGGGGCUGCAACUACUGAGAAAGAAGCUGGAUGGUUACUUCUAGCUUCACUUUUAGCAUCUAUUCCUAUAGAGGAGCUUGAGGACCAGACCUUUGAUAUUCUUGCCCUAUGGGCUCCCUUAUUUAGUGGAAAUCCGGAACUAGAAAUUCGACAAAGUGGAGAAUUGACAUCUAAAAUAUGUGUAUGGUCUGCAGCUAUUGAUGCACUUACAGCAUUUGUUAGAUGUUUUCUUUCUCCUAAAGCUGUGAAUUAUGGGAUUCUACUUCAGCCAGUGCUAGUGUAUCUUAGCAGUGUAUUAUCACACAUUUCUUUUAUAGCUGCCAAAAACCUUCCUGGGACAAAAGCUUCCCUGGAUGUUCUCGUCAUAAGGACACUAAUAACAUUCCAGUCACUCUCUGAUCCUAUGACAUAUAGAAGUGAUCAUCCUAAGCUUCUCCAACUAUGUACUGGUCCAUUUAGGGAUCCUUCUGCUUAUGAAGAGAGCUCAUGCUUGAGACUCCUGUUAGACAAAAGAGAUGCUUGGUUGGGGCCAUGGAUUCCGGGAAGGGACUGGUUUGAAGAUGAACUUCGUGCUUUUCAGGGUGGUAAAAAUGGUCUGAUGCCUUGCAUCUGGGAUCCUGAACUUCCUAGUUUUCCUGAGCCGGAGAGUGUGAGUAAAAUGUUGGUCAACCAGAAGCUCCUGUGUUUUGGGACAAUGUUUGCAGUUCAGGAUACUGGGGGGAUGCAGUCACUAUUAGGAGUGAUUGAGCAAUCCUUAAAAGCUGGGAAAAAACAAUCAUGGCAUGCAACUCUUGUCAACAACAUAUGUGUGGGGUUGCUUGCUGGUUUGAAGGCUCUGCUUUCUUUCCGUCCUCAACCAUUGAGCUCUGAUAUAUUAAGUCUGCUGCAGAAUAUAUUUCAGAAUAUUCUGUCAGAGGGUGAUAUAUCAGCAUCCGUGCGUAGGGCAUCUUCAGAAGGUCUUGGGCUAUUAAGUCGUCUUGGAAGUGAUACAUUUACUGCAAGGAUGACAAAAGCACUGCUUGGUGAUCUAGCUGCUGCUACUGAUUCAAACCAUGCUGGCUCCAUAGCUGUGGCACUUGGCUGCAUCCAUCGCAGUGCUGGCGGUAUGGCAUUGUCAAGUCUGGUACCUGCAACUGUUAGUUCGAUUUCUGCUCUAGCAAAGAGUUCAGUGGCUGGAUUACAGAUCUGGUCCUUACACGGACUACUUUUGACAAUAGAAGCUGCUGGUUUGUCAUACAUAUCUCAUGUUCAGGCUACUCUUAAUCUUGGGCUGGAGAUUUUAUUGUCCGAGGAAAACGGAUGGGUGGAUCUUCAGCAAGGAAUUGGUCGUCUUAUAAAUGCUAUUGUCGCUGUACUUGGUCCCGAACUUGCUCCAGGCAGCAUUUUUUUCUCACACUGCAAGUCUGUGAUUGCAGAAAUAAGCUCUUGCGAGGAAACUGCGACACUCCUUGAGAAUGUACGAUUUACACAACAGCUUGUUCUUUUCGCACCCCAAGCUCUGUCUGUGCACUCUCAUGUGCAAACUCUUCUUCCAACUCUCUCAUCAAGACAGCCAACGCUAAGGCAUCUGGCUAUAUCAACCCUACGCCAUCUCAUAGAAAAGGAUUCGGUUUCUGUAAUUCAUGAACAAAUCGAGGAAAAUUUAUUUCACAUGCUGGAUGAAGAAACAGAUAGAGAGAUUGGGAGCUUAAUACGAUCCACAAUUAUGCGAUUGCUUUAUGCAUCUGGUCCGACCUGCCCUUCUCAUUGGAUAUCAGUAUGCCGGAAACUGGUGCUUGCAACAUCAUCUAGAGAUUCUGUAAUCAAUAACAGCACUGAGAAAGAUCUGACUAAUGCUUCAGAAGUUGACACAGGGUUAGAUGUUGGAGAAGAUGAUGAAAAUAUGGUCGCCAGUGGUAAAUCCAUGCCAAAUGAGGACUAUUCUGUAGAUGCUUUUAGUGUAAAUACAAAAAGGGAAAAGAAUCUUAGAUACAAGACAAGGGUGUUUGCUGCUGAGUGCUUAAGUCAUUUGCCAACAGCUGCUGGAAAGGAUCCUGCACAUUUUGAUCUAUCAUUGGCUAGGAAACAGAAAAAGGGACCAUCCUCUGGUGAUUGGCUUGUUCUUCAAUUACAGGAGCUAGUAUCAUUAGCUUAUCAGAUCAGUACCAUCAAGUUUGAGUCCAUGCAGCCCAUUGGUGUAGGACUUCUAUCUACAAUCAUGGACAAGUUUGGAGAAGCACCUGAUCCUGAACUCCCGGGAGGGCUUCUAUUAGAACAAUACCAGGCUCAACUUGUAUCUGCCCUUCGUUCUGCUUUGAACAUGUCUUCAAGCCCUAUUCUUCUAGAGGCAGGCUUGCAAUUGGCAACUAAGAUAUUGACUAGUGGUAUAAUCCGUGGAGAUCAAGCUGCCGUUAAGAGAAUAUUUUCAUUGAUCUCCAGACCACUGGAUGACUUUGAAGACCUUUAUUAUCCUUCUUUUGCAGAAUGGGUGUCCUGCAAGAUCAAAAUAAGAUUGCUUGCUGCACAUGCUUCUCUAAAAUGUUAUACAUACACAUUAUUGAGGGGAAACCAUGCUGACGUUCCAGAUGAGUAUAUGGCGCUGCUUCCUCUAUUUUCCAAAAGCUCCUCUAUAUUAGGAAAACGCUGGAUCGGGGUUCUGAAGGACUACUGUUAUCUUUGCUUUAACCUUCACUUCAAGAAAAGUUGGAAACCAUUUCUUGAGGGAAUCAAGUCACCGCUGGUUGCUUCAAAUUUGAAACUAUGUCUAGACGAAUCUUGGCCCGUUAUUUUGCAAGCAGUUGCUUUAGAUGCUGUUCCUGUAGAUAUCAGUGUGAACAAGUCAUUGGACCAAACUGAGGAUAAAAUGAUGAAGAACCUUGUGUCUGGAUACAGUAUGGUUGGACUGAAUUCUGAAGAAUUCAAGUUCUUAUGGGGAUUAUCUUUGCUUCUUCUUUUUCAGGGACAAAAUGCUACUGUUGAUAAGCAAAUAUUGCCAAUAGCUUUAGAUAAAUCUAUAUCCGUUGAGUCACAGUUUGAAGAAACAAAGCCCCUAACGCUGAAGUUAUGUGAGAUUUUGCUUCCAGUUUUUCGAUCUUUAUGUGCUGAAAAGUUCUUCAGCAUGGGGUUCCUUACAACGGAAAUUUGUAGAGAAUUACUGCAGGCCCUCACUUAUGCUAGUGUUGAGGAAGAUUCAUGGAAUACACUUGCUGUAUCUGCUUUAUUUGAGAUUGUUCAUAACAGUCCAGAUGAUUUUCUCAAGAUUGAUAGCUUUGUCAGUCUAGCGAUGGAGUUAUGUUUGGCUUAUCUUUACAAAACCUUUGCAGGUACCGGUGAUAUCCUACAUGACGAAUCCAGUAGGGAGGGUCUGAUAUCUGAGCUAUUUACCAUUGCAAAGAUUCUGUUGAAUCGUGUUGUAAAUGCAAACCAAUUAAAUUUGAUCCUGGCAUUCAUGAUAGCUGGUUACAAGUGUGCUCGAAGUGCUGCAACAGAAGCAAGCUUCUCAAAGAUUGUUGAGUUUGUUGUAAAAAUUUGUGUGUUGUUGAACAGCUUUGUUGAAGAUAAAUCUGUUCUAACGCUUGAUGCUGUCCAUCAUUUACAAAGUAUCGUUGGCGCUUGUCAAAACUUUACCAGUGAUUUUGCUAUAGAUUGCAUUGAGGCGAUACAUCUGUUGGAAAAUAGAAGGUCCAAUGUACGCAGGCUUCUGCAUGCAAAGCUUGCUUUUUGCCUGGAGCAAAUGUUAUCCUUUGCUGACCUGGUAUAUAAGAUGGAACUGUGUCCAGAGAAAAAGAGUACUAAGAAUGUAGCUACUUUCCUUGGUUGCACUAGAUCUAUUCGGCUUGUUAUUAUGGAUGCUAAUUUACAGGUACAAGCGAUUGGAUUGCAAGUGCUCAAAAACAUGGUUCAAAAAGGUAUUAAUUUGAAAGUCAGCUCCUUCCCAUUGCUGCUAAUUGGAGAACUGUUCAGCGACAUCUUCAUGGUCAUCCAGGAAAUUAUAAGGAAACCUGUAACCAGAGAGUCAGCUGCUCUUGCUGGGGAGUGUUUGAGAAUCUUGGUACUUAUGCAAACACUUCCAAAGGACGUAGAGUGUCAAAAAGGUCUUAUGAGUUUAAUUCUGGAAGCAGUUGUCAUGAUACUGUCUAGCACUGAAAAUAGUCCUUCUGAGGAAACAAUUGACUUAAGAAACACUGCUAUCAGACUUGUCUCUCAUGUUGCUCAAGUUCCCUCUGCCGCAGAACACCUGAAAGAGGUUCUGCUUGGAAUGCCUGUGACACUUAGGCAACAGAUCCAGAAUAUUAUCCGUGCAUCCGUUACACAAGAACACCAGACAACACAGGCCAAACCUAACGCGGGAAUAUUGGAAAUCAAAUUGCCACAUCAAUCAUAUGAAAGUAAAGAGGGAAAUUCUCCUGCAAGUUCCCCACAUCAAACUGACGACGAUUUUGAAGAUGACGAUGACUGGGAUGCUUUUCAGUCAUUUGCUGCAGCAACUAAUGCAACUACUGUGGAUUCUGUAUCAAAUGUUGAGAGCCCAGCACCUUCUACUAAUUUACAAGAGACUGUUUCUGAACCUCUCCAAAAUGAUAAAGAAGAGAUGCUUCAAGGAUCACCUCAGAAAAUUGAUGUGCUUGAGUCUGAAAGUAAUGACUUAUCUUCUGAAGCAUUUGAAAGUGGUGAAUCCCAUGACUUAAGUAAUAUUUCUGGAGGUGCGUCCAUUCCGAAUGACAAUCUUGCCUCAUCAGAUUCUCAGCAACCUAGCAACAGUUCAAUAGAAGUAAAUGAAAUCAAUGUUGUGAUGGAAGAUCUGAUGAACAAGGAAAGUCCAAGUGAUUUGAUGAGCCGUCAAGUGCCUGCUGAUCCAUUACUAGCUGACAACUUCCUCAAUUCAGGUCUUCAGCUGCCAGAAAAAGCCAAUUUUGAGGCUUCCAAUUUAGAAGCAGACCAAUUGGAUGCUGAUCAGUCCCUGGAAUCUGCUGGUGAAUCUGUACUUGAGGGUUCUGCUGACAAUGAGAGUAUUGUGACUCCUGAUGAUGUCGGCAGCUGCUCAGAAGUAUCUGUUAACCAAGAUAGUGUGAUGACAAGUAAAGCAUCAGAUGAAAACUUCCUCAAUUCUGCUCUUCAGACCCCAGAAAAUUUAGCAGACCUAGAGGCUUCCCAUUUAGAAGUAGACAAAUUACAUAGUGAUCAGUCUUCAGAUUCUGCCAAUGAUUCAGUACUCAAGGCUUCUGCUGACAAUGAAAGUAUUGUGGCUCCUGAAAAUGUCAACAGCUGCUCAGAGUUUUCUGGAGCUGAAGACAGUGAUAUGGCAAGUGAAGCGGAACCCCGACACCCAUGAGACAGAGCAGAAUGUGUAUUUUUUUUCUUUUGUAGAAAAAAUAUUUAAAUUACAGAGUAUUUUUCUAAAAAGAUUCAGGGUGGGAUUUUGUUCCAUGAUAAACUGAUCUGCUGAUCUACCCACCCGGCUACACUCUAGAAGAAUACUCGAGAGAUUGUAUAUGAUUUCCACCCUUCUGAAAUAUGAGAAAAAGGUAUCAGAUUAAUCUAAGAGAUGACAGUAAUAUCA